AUGAGUAAUGAAUCUGGAAAUUCGAGUGGAGUCUCUAGCGCUCGAGCAAGAGGUCGCGUUGUUGGUGUGCCGAAGAGAUGCUGGUGUGGAGAAUUAGUUAUCCCCUUGAUGUCGAAGUCAACCGCAAAUCCUAACAGGAGAUACUUUCGGUGUGCUUUUGCGGUGGAGAAAAAGCUGAGUAAUGAUAAUCCCGCUUACAAAUGGGUUGAUGAGGCAUUGUUGGAUGAGGUUGAAGCAUUGUCAUUUAGGAUAGGGAGACUUGAACAAACAUUUCUUUCUGAGCAUGUGGAAGAAGAGAGGAAGAAAUUUGAAGUGUUUGAAUUGAAACCUGUUUUCAGAGCAUAG